AUGGCUGGUCCUGGGGAGGUUAGUGAGGAGUCCCAUCUGAGAUUGAAAGUUAAACGUUACGCUGCAGAUGCUGAAUUGCCUGCGAAGCUGAAGGGCUUCAACGAGGCAUUUGGGACGACACUGAGGAAGGAGAUUUUCGCGGCUCACGCGGCCGGGGCAGAUGAGGAUUAUAAUCCUUAUAACCUGUCUCUGGUGUGGGGUUCUGACAUGGCUGACGGCAAGCGUGCCGCAGAUACGGAUGAUGGGGGAAGUUUUCAAGGGCCGAGUGCCGCAGGCGAAGCUGAUUGCGUGGUUGCCUAUGGUGUUACUUUUUUUUUGUUUUUUCUUAUACGCUGUUUGUCUAACUUUUCCGCGUUGCGUUUGGCAGAGUUCGAGGAGUUGGCUAGGGGUUUGGGUGAUGGAGAUUUAGCGAGGUUGAGCGCCAGCCUCGGGAAGAAGGUUGCUGUAGCAGCUGACGUUGCUAGGGAGAGGGUGGAGAGUCAAGAGAGGGGCGUGCUCGCGCAAAUGGAGAAAAUGACGAGGCUUGAGGCCAGAGUUGCUGAUCUUGAGCAGCAGAAUAGGAUUUUGGAUGGCAUCAAGGAUAAGCUCAGAGGCAUUAACUCCGGGCUUAAGGAGAAUAAUGAUGUUCUUAUGAAGACUUGCGAGGAGCUUGGGGAAAAGUACGAGAAGCUCGAGGAUAAAAGUGGGCGUCUUGAGGAGGAGAAUCUGAAGAUGAAAGAAAAUCUUGAAGAUAACGCCAAGAUCAUUGAUGAGCUUCGAAGUGCUGCGGAUAAGGAUGCACAGACCAUCGCCGAGCAGGCGAAGUUAAUAAAGAUUAUUGGUCCGGAGCUCGAGGAGAAAACAAAUUUUAUCAAGGAAGCUGACGACCUUUUGAGGGCGAAUUUUGCUGUUCUUUAUGAGAACUAUAAGUCUGCUCUGGAACUUUUUGGCGCCGAGCCUCUUCCUUAUCCUGGUGAUGGCGAUGUUGUGAAGAUCUUUGACUGGAUGAGGGAGGAGUUUGAAGUCCUGCCGGAAGUUAUCUCUGGCCUGAACGACUACGCCGCGUCUUUUUGUCUUGACAGCACAGUUCAGCUUCUCGAGAAGGAGGGCUGCAACCAUUUCAUGGCGUUGUCGGCCGAUGACUAUUAACUUUCCUGCUGCUUCUACUCUCGGGGCGGAGGUCAGUCUGAGGGCGUGGAAACCACGAAGCUGAAAAUCUUCAGCGUCUCUGGGCAGUCUCUGGCCAGGAGUAUGUUCAGCAGCUUGCUAGAGAUAGACUUGCGGAAGACAAAGGGAGGCGCGAAGCCGCGGAAAAAGCUGGGCAAGACGAAGCUGGCGAAAAAGGUGGACAAGACGAAGCCGGGCAAUCUUAGUAUAGCGAGGGGUUGUAAUUUUUCUCCUGCUUUAAGAGUGCGCUGUGGAUGAUGUUGGACAGUUGUGGAUGGACGUAACUGGUUCCAUAUUUUUGUAAUGACAAUUGCUGUGGGUGAUCUAAACAAAGAAACGA